AUGUCCACAAAGCUUGUAUCAUUUCGAUUGAUCCUCAUCACCUUCUUCUGUUCACUUUUAAGGCUAUCUUCCUUCCAAGUUUCUUGCACUUUCGUGUUUGCUUCUUUUUCCUUUGCUGCCACUACUGCUACAUAUGGUUAUGAAGCUGCUGAAGAUCAUAAUAACAAUGAAGCAACUACACUAUUAGAGUGGAAGGCCACCCUUGAUAACCAAAGCCAAGCUUCCUUGUCUUCUUGGUCUACCUUUAACAAUCCAUGCAAAUGGGAAGGAAUUGUUUGUGAUGAAUCCAACUCUUUCAGCACUAUAAAUGUUACCAAAUUUGGACUAAAAGGUACCCUUUUCACUCUCAACUUCUCAUCAUUUCCUAAGCUGCUCAACCUGGAUAUAAGUUACAACUCUUUUCAUGGAUCUAUUCCUCACCAAAUUAGUAACUUGUCAAGAAUUUCUCAAUUGAAAAUGGGUCAUAAUCUUUUCAGUGGUUCCAUCCCCCAAGAAAUAGGGGCCCUGAAAAAUCUAAAUCUGCUUGAUAUUGCAAGGUGUAAGCUCACUGGAUCAAUCCCUAUUUCCAUAAUGAAGUUGGCCAAAUUGUCUUAUCUAGAUUUAGCUGGUAAUCAACUUUCUGGCCACAUUCCUCAGGAGAUAGGGGAAUUGGAUAGCUUGAAGCAUCUGUUCUUGAAAGCAAAUAGACUUUCUGGUUCCAUUCCACCUACAAUUGGAAAGUUGACAAAUCUUGUUUUACUUGAUUUGUCUACUAACUCUCUGUCAGGUGCAAUCCCUUCAAUUAGAAACUUGAGAAAUUUAGAACAGCUUUUCCUCUUUAAUAACCAUCUCUCUGGGCCAAUCCCAUCUUCCUUAGGAGAUUUGACCAAUUUGAGGCAGCUUCAACUUACUGGUAAUAAACUUGAUGGAUCAAUUCCAUCUACCAUUGGAAACUUGACAAAACUCACUGAGUUGUCCAUGUCUCUAAACAAGCUUUCUGGAUCAAUUCCUGCAUCCAUAGGAAACUUGAUCAAUCUAGAAAAGCUUAGCCUUUCGAUAAACAAUCUUUCUGGACCUAUUCCAUCUACUUUUGGAAAUUUGACAAAGCUCACCUACCUCUUGCUUUAUAUGAACAACCUUAAUGGUAGUUUUCCUGCGGCAAUAAAUAACCUUACCAAUUUAGAAGCCUUACAACUAAGCUCAAAUCAUUUCACUGGCCCUUUGCCACAACAUAUUUGCCUUGGUGGAUCACUUACAAAUUUUUCUGCUAAUAAGAAUCAUUUCAUUGGUCCAAUUCCAACAAGCAUGAAGAAUUGCUCCACACUUUUUAGGCUCAACCUUGCAGAAAAUAUGUUGAUGGGAAAUAUUUCAAAUGACUUUGGUAUAUAUCCAAAUUUAAACUACAUUGAUCUAAGUAGCAAUUGUUUUUAUGGCCAACUUUCACCAAAUUGGACCAAAAGCCAUUAUCUCAUAGGCCUAAAGAUCUCAUACAACAAUUUAUCAGGUGGUAUACCGCCAGAGUUAGGUCAGGUACCGAAUUUACAAGAACUUGAACUGUCUUCAAAUCAUCUAACAGGGAAAAUUCCAGAAGAACUUGGGAAUUUGACCUCAUUGUUUCAACUCUCCAUGAGUAACAAUGAACUUUCAGGCAACAUUCCCACAGAAAUAGGAUCCUUGAAACGACUUCAAUACUUGAAUCUUGCAGCGAACAAUUUAAGUGGCUCAAUCCCAAAACUGGUUGGAGGGUUGUUUAAUUUAAUUAACUUGAACUUGAGUAAGAACAAAUUCUCAGAAAGUAUUCCCUCUGAAUUCAACCAAUUGCAAUCUCUUCAAGAUCUCGAUCUUAGUCAGAAUUUUUUAAAUGGGAAAAUUCCAGCAACCCUAGGAAAUUUGAAAAAACUAGAAACGUUGAACCUCUCACACAAUAAUCUAUCUGGAACCAUUCCAUCUAGUUUUAAGGAUAUGUUGAGCUUGACAAAUGUUGACAUAUCUAGCAACCAAUUAGAGGGUUCAAUUCCUAACAAUCCAGUCUUUCUUAAGGCUCCAUCUGAAGCUCUGAAAAACAACAAAGGCUUGUGUGGUAAUGCUUCUGAGUUGGUGCCCUGCCAAGAGUUGAGUCACAACCCGCAUGGUAAAAAGCAAAGUGUCAUGAUGUUGGCACUACUCCUUACUUUGGGAGCACUAUUGCUAGUAAUGUUUGUAGUUGGAGUUUCAUUAUAUUUUUAUUGGCAAAGAGGAAGAAAAAUAAAAAAGCAUACAAGACAAGAACAAACUCGAGAUCUUUUUUCUAUAUGGAGUUAUGAUGGAAAAAUAGUGUAUGAAAAUAUCAUUGAAGCCACAGAGGAUUUUGAUGACAAAUAUCUCAUUGGAGAAGGAGGGUCUGCAGCUGUUUACAAGGCAAAAUUACCCACAGGACAGACAGUUGCUGUGAAAAAACUUCAUGCUGCAGUUGAUGGGGAAAUGCUCAAUAUUAAAUCUUUUACAUCUGAAGUUCAAGCUUUAACAGAAAUCAAACAUCGUAACAUUGUAAAGUUGUUUGGAUUUUGUUCACAUCCACGCUACUCCUUACUAGUUUAUGAGUUCUUAGAUGGUGGCAGCUUGGAUAAAGCACUAAACAAAGACACAAAUGCAGCAAUAUUUGAUUGGAAUAGGAGAGUGAAUGUUGUUAAAGGUGUGACAAAUGCUUUGUACUAUAUGCAUCAUGGUUGCUCUCCUCCUAUAGUUCAUCGUGACAUAUCAAGCAAGAAUGUUCUUAUAGAUUUGGAAUAUGAAGCUCGCAUCUCAGACUUUGGAACAGCUAAGAUUUUAAAUCCUGAUUCACCCAAUUUAACUUCAUUUGCAGGCACCUAUGGGUAUACUGCACCAGAGCUUGCUUAUGCUACAGAAGUGAAUGAGAAAUGUGAUGUCUUUAGUUUUGGAGUACUUUGUUUGGAAAUAAUAAUGGGAAAUCACCCAGGAGAUCUCAUUUUUUCAAUGUAUUCAUCCUCUGCAACAACAGUAACAUCUAAUUUGCUGUUGAAGGAUGUGGUGGACCGGCGUCUUCCUCAUCCAAAGAUGCCAGUUGUUAAGGAGGUGAUCUUGAUUGCAAAAAUAGCAUUUGCUUGCUUGAAUGAAAGUCCACCUUCACGCCCCACCAUGGAAGAUGUGUAUAACAUGUUUGUGAUGUCAAAAUUACCUUCAAUGAAGGAGCAAUUCCACACCAUUGCACUUGGACAACUUCUAAAUUAUUAAACUUUGUUUUCUUUGUGCUGUAAACUUUUGCUAAUAGUUACGUGUUGUAACUUGUAAUCUUGUUUGGUUGUUAUAUUUGAUAAAUUAGUCUUGAGCUUUAAAAACUGCCGAAGAAAAUAUAGUUUUGAUUAUUAAUAAGAUCUUAGACCAUGAAUCCCUGCAUCAGUUAUUUUAGAAGAUCUUAAGUUUAUAUUCUCGUUCUUUUAAAAUGAAGUGCAAUGCUUCUUUCAUUCCAAUAUAGUAGUAACAAGGUUGGGUAUACAGGCAGCUUUAAUUUAAAUGUAAAAAGGAUGAAAUUAGCCUCUUUCUGAUUCUUGUCAGAAGAAAGAUAUUAUCUCAAAGCUGACCCCAAAAUUUAUAUCGAGUACCAUAACAUUUAAGAUGGACGUUAUUGCCUCCGAUGAAAGGAAACUGAAUGGCAUUAAUAUUGACUGUUUCGAUUUUUAAAAUGAAACAAAAUAAUUUUACAUGGUAUUUUCUUUCUUGUUUCUUUUUAACUUAAGAUUGAAUUAAAAAAAUAAUAAUCCUUACUGUUUAUUGUCAUUACAACAGUAUUAGAUGUGAUCUCAAUGUUUUUCGUUUUAGUCACUAUUCAGACAAAGUCACUUCGUUUUGGUGAAAAAAAUCCACACUUUGAUAAUCCAUACAUUUUGACCUCUACACCCAACAUUUUUUAAUUUAGCCUUUAUAAAAUAAAAAUACUGUUAACACUACUUUACUGUCAACAAACAGAGAUGAUUAAUUUGUAAAAAAAAUUCAUGUAAAGAUUGAACCAAAAGCUAAGUAAACAGAAACAGCUAUGACUGUAGAGCAAUAAGAGAAAAAUUACUAAUAGUAAAUUCACUAAAUUCGGUUGUUGAGACAUGUAUAGCCAGAAACAGAACAUAUCACUCAUUAGUAAGUAGCAAUUAUUGCAUCUACAAAGCAUGGGGCCAAAUGCUUUACAAUCCACUGUUGGACCAAGGUUUAUAUGUGGUCCACAAAAAAAAUGGUUGGUAGUCAUAA